GUCAUAACGAGUGUAGUAGGUAUGGAACUUACUACAAAUAAGAUGUUGAAUUGAAUCUAUCAUAACUUUAUAUUAACUACUUUUUUUUAUAGUAGCUAGGUACUAGCUAAGUAUAUUUUAAGCAUAUUUUCACUUUUAAAUUUAAUUGAAAUUACAUUUAUUCAAAUCCAGUUUCUAAAGAAACCUCACAAUUUAACAUAAAAUUUAUAAGCAAUUAUAGCUAUAGACAAUUAAGCAAGAUGUUAUUUUUUCAUCGACGAGUUCAUCGUAAUGUAUACAUUAAACAUAUUAUGAGACGUUAUUAUUGUCACAAUAUUGAUAAAAUGUCAAAAAUAAGAAACAUUGGUAUUUUAGCACACAUAGAUGCUGGUAAAACUACCACUACUGAAAGAAUGUUGUUUUACUCGGGCUUGAUACAUAGCAUGGGAGAAGUACAUGACGGCAAUACAGUAACUGAUUAUAUGGAUCAAGAAAGAAACCGAGGUAUUACCAUUACUUCAGCUGCUGUAACAUUACCAUGGAAAAAACACAAUAUUAAUUUAGUAGACACUCCAGGACAUAUUGAUUUUACAAUGCAAGUUGAACAGACAUUAAAUAUUUUAGAUGGGGUGGUUAUUGUUCUGGAUUCAUCUGCUGGAGUUGAAGCUCAGACAUUAACCGUUUGGCGUCAAACAGAUAGGUACAUGAUACCUCGUAUAGUUUAUGCUAACAAAAUGGAUCGAUCAGAUGCUUCAUUGCCAUUGUGUAUUAAUUCUAAGUCAAAAUUUAAUAUUACCCCAUUGCAAUUACAAAUACCAGUCAGAGAAAGCAAUGGACGACUCAUAGGUUUAAUUGAUGUACUCAAAAAGGAUAUAUUAACUUGGCAUGGUGAUAAUGGUCAAAAAGUUAUUUGUGCUCCUAUAGAAGAUAAUACUAAGCAAUGGGAAGCUCUAUGUAAAGUACGGGAGAUACUUAUUGGCGAUUUAGCUGAUAUGGAUGAAACAAUUGCUAAUAUUGUUUUAAAUUCUGAUAAUAUUAAUUGUAUUGAUUAUGAUACAUUAUUAUCAGCUAUUAGACGAGCAUGUAUAUCACAAAAAGGUGUUCCAUUACUUUGUGGUAGUUCCUAUAAGAAUAUUGGUGUUCAAACACUUAUGGAUGGUAUUAUAAAUUAUCUACCAUCACCAAAUGACUGUAUUACUUUAGAUCCAUUUAAAUUUUUUGGUACGUCUAUGUCAGCUAGAGCUUUUAAAAUAGUUCAUGAAAAACAAAAAGGGCCUGUUACAUUUUUAAGGAUUUAUACUGGUUCCUUAGAAAAGGGCCAAAAAUUAUACAAUGCAUCUCAAUCUAAGACUGAAAAUAUUAAUCGUGUUAUGAUAGCUUAUGCUGAUGAUUAUAAAGAAGUAAAUAAUAUAGAAUCUGGAAAUAUUGUAGCUGUUACAGGACUAAAAAAUACUGUUUGUGGAGAUUUACUUUCCAGCAGUAACAAUGCAGUAAAGAGUGCUUUAAAAAAAUUGUCUAAAUCAAAAAAAAUGACCCAAGAAGAAUCUAUUGAAAUGCUUGGAGUUGAAAUGAACAUACCAGAUCCAGUUUUUUUUUGUUCUAUUGAACCACCAUCACAAGCAUAUCAGUUAGCUUUGGAUAAUGCAUUGAAUCAGUUGCAUAGAGAAGAUCCUAGCUUAAGAAUUCAAUAUGACGAGGAAACUGGUCAGACAAUUUUAGCCGGCAUGGGUGAAUUGCAUUUAGAAAUAAUUGGUGAACGGAUAAAAACUGAAUUUAAAAUUGAUGUUGAUCUUAGUCGCCCACAAAUUUCAUACAAAGAAGGAUUAGUGUCAGAAGCAAAAGAAAGUCAUAGACUUGAUUUGAAAAUUGGUUCAACUACACAUAGUGUUUACGUGGUGAUGUCAAUAUUAAAACAUGAAACAAAUAAAAAAAUGUUAUCGUUGGACCAGAGUCCAGAUAAUGCUUCUAAUACAGCAGCCAUAUAUUUAAACCGAUUAAAUAUUAUUACAUCAAGUGCAAAAGCUGCUUUAGCGCAUGGUCCCAAACUUGGAUGCCCUGUAAUCAAUGUUCGUUUUGUACUUCAUUGGCUAGAAGUGGGCAAAGGAACAUCAGACACUGUCUUAAGUUCGGCUGUAAAUCAAUGUGUUCAGAAACUACUGAAAUCUGCCAAUACAAUUUUACUCGAACCUAUUAUGAAUGUUGAAGUUGUGACUGAUGAUGAUCAUUCUUCUGCUGUACUUUCGGAUUUUGGAAGAAGAAGAGGCUCGAUUCAAGAUAUUUCAACUAGAUCAAAUUAUCGAGUAAUAAAUGCAUUAGUUCCUCUAGCAGAUUUAUUAGGAUAUUCAAAGGAUCUUAGAACAUUUACAUCAGGCACCGCAUCAUUUUCUAUGGAAUUUCAUUCUUAUCAAGAAGUGUCUACUAAAGAUGAAGGAGAAGCAAUUAAAAAUAUUACUGGUUUUUAUCCAUCGUAAUUGUGUAUAGUAUAAAAAUAAAAUUUGUUGUUUUGUAUUAGUAAAAA